AUGUCGGAUCACGCAGAAAUUCUUCGGCCGUUUCUCUUUUCGAUUCGCCUGCUGCUAUGGCUCUGUGCAGUAAUCACUAUGGCCCUUACUGCAUGGGUGGUCUCUCACGUGAAGGGCUAUCGGGCCGUCUUCACUCUGGUUAUUGCGGUUCUCACUACAGCGUUUUAUAUUCCCUCCCUCUUCACCUCAUGCAUGCAUCGUAACCGUGGUUACAUGCUUCCUUUGGACAUAGUCUUUUAUGCGCUAUGGCUAACAGCAUUCAUCUUUGUUGCCCAAACGGAUAAUGCCUUCGGUGCUUCUGGGUGUGCUUACUUCAGUUGGACCGUAAGCAAUGCAUGCAGGAGGAGGAAUUCUGUUGAAGCCUUCACGUUCCUGACGUUACAUCCUCAUAUCUUCUCAAAUAGCUUCUGGACCUUCUGUGGCUUGUGUCUGGAAACCCUGAAUAUAUAUCUCUAUAGCCGAGAUUCUUGGGCAACACCUGCAAUUACCCACCCCGAGAAACCGAAUCAACCCGGACAAGAAAAUGAUUAUGGAACUGCUACAGGCACUCGCACGGAACGUGCACCAGCCGUUAAUGGCGAGCACACUCAAGUUUGA